CGAGGUCAUAUCUGUAAAAAGACCACCACCCCAGGCGGAAGCGGAGACUGGAAAUCGGGAGGGAGACCAGAGACGAGACCGCGCAAGAUCGCCGGAGAUGGAGCCGAGAGCUGCAAUCCACAGAUCCGGCGCCCUCCUACUCCUCGCCGCCAUCCUCGCGGCGGCCGUCACCUCCGCAUCCGCCAUCGGUGACAAGUGCGCCGCCUGCAAGGCCGUUGCUGCAGAGCUAGAGAUUGGAAUUGCCAGUGAGAAGCCGAGAAAUCACUUGGACUUGCGCAACCGCUUAAAUUCUAAAGGUCAGAGGGAGGGGAAGGUCAUUGAUUACAGGGUCAGUGAGCUUCGGGUUGUAGAACUUCUAGAUGGCCUAUGUGAUAAGAUGCAAGAUUAUACCUUAAAGAAGUUGGAAUCAGGCGAAAAAGGAUGGGUUAAAGUAACAGACUGGAAUAGCUUUCAAACUGAAAAGAAGGCAGCAGCACGAGCGCAUUCGAAAAAUUUGUCCACCUUCUGUGGAAGGCUACUGGAGGAAACUGAGGAUGAGCUCGCUGAGUGGAUAAAAACAAGCUCUACAGAAUCAGAAAAUGUAAGCAAGGCCCUUUGUGAAGAUAUUAGCAAACACUGUCAAUCCACAAGUGCUACCAUCCAGAUAGAUGAUGAACUAUGACAUGCUGAGCAGACCGUUGUUUGGCAAAGCAAAACAGGCAACAGGCUAGGAAAUGUCAAAGAACAAAAAAGCUCUAAUUGUCCCUGACACCAUUUAGAGAGGACAUGAAGCUGCCAAUUCUGAUUGUUUGUGUUUCACUUGUAUUUCUUGUAAACGGGACAUGUAAUUCGUGCCUGAUCUGUAGAGAAAGCAACUGGACAUCAAAUUUUGAAUACUGAUGAACUACAGUUAAAAACGGCCGGUUGAACUAUCCUUCUAA